AUGUCUGGUCGAGGAAAGGGCGGCAAGGGUCUCGGCAAGGGCGGUGCUAAGCGCCACCGCAAGGUCCUUCGUGACAACAUCCAGGGUAUUACCAAGCCCGCGAUCCGUCGUCUCGCCCGUCGUGGUGGUGUCAAGCGUAUCUCUGGUCUUAUCUACGAGGUUGAGACCCGCAGUGUAUUGAAGAUCUUCCUUGAGAACGUGAUUCGUGAUUCGGUCACCUACACCGAGCACGCCAAGCGCAAGACCGUCACCUCGCUCGACGUCGUCUACGCCCUCAAGAGGCAGGGCCGCACGCUCUACGGUUUCGGCGCUUAA